AUGAUGCUCCUGUCUCUGCUGGUCUGCGUUCUGCUGAGAGCACUCAGUGCUCAGGCCAAAGUCGUCACAAGCUUUGAUGAGUGUGAUUUGUUUUUUUACAGAAGGACCGAGCCGAGCGGUGUGGAUCAGAAUGCUGAGAAAAUCUGUCAGAGAUACGAAGAUACUUUUCACUACGCUACUCUCUACUCGACUCACCACCGAAUCCCCCUGUACAGCGCGUACAAGUUUGCCGAGAGCAACCUACGUGAUCGAGGGCAGUUCACGAGGCCAUCACAGUGGUUCAUUGAGCCACAGCUGAUGGAUUCCAUUCAUCGCAGAACUGUACAUUCCAGGCCCAGUGAUUCUAACACGAGCGAACACAGCCCAUACCUGGAAGAAAUGCACCCAGAGUCUGAUGUUUCUGAAGAAAUAUAUAUCAACCAAGCAGCCAACAGUGACUACAGAUAUACGAGAUAUGACCGCGGGCACCUUAACCCCAACAGUUUCCAGUCCAGUGAAGACCGUGUGCCAACAUUUACACUGACCAAUGUUGCACCCAUGGAUCCAAGUUUUUACCGCUUCCGCUGGUGGGAGUGGGAGGCUGAGUUAAAGAAUCUUUUAACAGAAGAGCUUAAGCAUCAUCCUGAAGGAACUGCCUAUAUCGUCACAGGUACCGUCCCCCAUCCAAAUUACCGAAUACCGCAGAGAGAGGAAGCUGAUCAAGGAGAAAUACAUAGAUCUGAGAGGGUGACAGUGCCCACUCACAUCUGGACAGCUGUCUGUUUUGAGGACUCCACCGAUAAAAAUAAUCCAUAUUCAUUUUCCUUUGGCUACCUCGGUGUGAACAGGCCAGAUGGUACCGUAAUGGUGAGGCUCUUUCCCGAAAUGAAUUCUGACCUGACAGAACUAUAUCAUGUUGCCUCAGGUCAGCAGGGAUCCGUUAGGGUUUUUGCCGAUAACUGUAACCAAGGAAACACAAAGGAACAAGUUAACGAAAAGCUAAAAAAUCUAAUUCGACUGUCAACAAAGCUCCCGUUGUCUGACGAGGUGCGUGCGUUUUUCCGACUGCCGUACAGGCUGGCCAAACUCAGGUUCACAGAGAUUAUUAAAGACAUUCAGCACAAGAGUGAUCUAACAUUGGGCUUCGACAGUCUGCACAGCUAUUUCCAGCAGACAGAGGUCAUUAAGUUUGAGUCUAAAACCGCUUGUCUUCUGACUAAAGUCAAUACACCACUGUCCACGGCAAUGAGCCCUCGGCACGGUGAGCUCACAGAGACGUCUGAACCAGUUCAGUGUCGGCAGGUUCCAGAGAAAUCCACCUCUGCGUCUUUGAUUUCUGCAGAUGGCACACGUUGUCUGAGUGAUGAGCGUUUCUGUAGAACGGACAGCGGAUUCCAGCACCGCUGCACCACCCCCUGCCUCUUCCAGGAAGAACUCAAGGGCUACUGGUGUUUCUCAGGGAAAACUCAGAUCCAGUGCACGCCCCAGUACUCAGCCAUCACAGCUACAGGGGAGAAGUGCAAGGAUGAUCACCCGUGUGGCAAAUACGGCUAUGACUACUACUGGUGUUACAAAGAGGCAGGCUCCUGGGGCUACUGCAGCUCCCCUUUCUGGAAAAGCAUAGCUCAAAACGGCCAGUACUGCCGUCCCAACCACGCCUGUGGCAAAUAUGGUAAAAAAUACGACUGGUGCUACACUGAUUAUCAAAACAGCCGGAGCCCAUGCUGCAUUCACGAUGACUGCUUCACGGCUAUAAACGGCAACACCUGCAAGCCUGACCACCCGUGUGGCUACCAUGGGAAAAGCUACCUGUGGUGCAGAACCACUGACGACAGCUGGGAUUAUUGUUGCAAGCAAUGUGAACAGCGGUAAGCAGGAAAGGACAACCCCACCAAAUUUUCAAUGUCUAUCUCUAAGAUUUUACAUUUAUCUCUAAAAUAAUCCAUACGCCUAUCACUGUAAUAGUAUCCAAAUCAUUUCACGCUUAUGCUAUAUAAAAACAUGUACGACAAUGAUUUGCAAAGCUGAUUUACAUAUGCUAAUCUACGUACACUGUACUUCUAUCAAUAAACAUCUUUGUUUUCUCCUCAUACUAAUGAAAAUAAAACCUGCAUGGAGUUCAA